AUGUCUGGGGAUAGACUCACCCCGUGGUCGUCUUCAGUCGAUACGCGCCUCUCGGAGAGCACCCUGCAACACGGCUCGCGCCAGCGUCGACCAGAGGCUUUGGAUUCUGAACUGGACGACAUUCAUGAAGUCUUUCGUCGAGCACGCAGAAUACUACACAAUCUGAGCGCUGGUCCCUGCGCUUUACCAUCUGAGGUACUCGCAUACAUCUUCGAGUGUCUACAGCCGGACUGGGAGCCAUGGGCAGACAGGUGGAGCGAGGAUAAUCCUGUAUUCCACUCGGGGUGGAUGUGCAUUACACAUGUCUGCGGUCUAUGGAGAAAGGUUGCUCUCGGUGUCCCAUCUUUAUGGUCGAAGCCGACCAUCAAUGUCCUCAGCAUUAAUCACCAAUACAUUCCGGACAUCCUCUUGAGAUCCCGCACACAGCCUCUUGACUUGGAAGUGGACCUAUGUGAUAUGGAGGAUGGCAUUGCGCAAGAUCCUGGCCUGAAUGCCUGGCUUUCGCCCGCCGUCUUACGACAUACUCGGCGCCUGACUUUGGCCACCAACAUGGAUCUCAUCACCUAUGCUGCAUCAAGCUUUUCCGAGAACUCGGAGAGGCAUUUCUUGACGGAUCUUGACGUGACGACGAGCGACGACAGCGGCAAUGUCGACCUUCCCCUACCCAUCCGAUCUUUAGGGAACCUCAGCCGCCUAAUUCUCUGCGAUUGCAGAAUACCGUGGCGCCAACCACUGCUCACCUCGCUGAAUAUGACACAUCUCGAGUUAUAUGGUUUACGCCAGCAUCGCCCGUCAUAUCAAGAUGUCGCCUCGUUAGCAGGUCUUUCAUCGUUGCAAGUGCUUGAACUAUGGGAUGUGGUUCCCUACGUCGACCCUGGCAUGAAUGGGCAGCUUCCACCUAUCGUUCUGGCAGGCUCUCUGCGACGAUUGCGCAUUCACGCCGUUGAGCAGGAGUUGGGCCUCGACGGAUUGAAAUUCAUCUCAUGCUUCCACACCCCACCAGGCACCUCUUGCGAAUAUGUAGUAGCUGGAGCCAUACGUCUUGUCUCCGAAGAAUCGAUAGUUGAUGAUAUCUGCAAGCGGCUACUCUCCAUCCUCUCCUUUGCCGGGAUCGAGUCCGUUGAGGCACACGAAAUGGAUAUGUCCCGGCGUAGGCUCAGGCUGGUCUCAAAUACUCAGUCUAUAGUCAACAUAUUCAAGAUAUCGAGGUUCCGGAGGCUCCAUCCAAUGAGGGGGUUUUACAUGGUGCUCUAUCUCCCGGCCAUCGCCAUUGAGCGCCUUCAUACGCUCUCUAUUGAUGUAUACAUCGCGUAUAUCAUCAAGGCCAGGGCGUUAUGGUCAGAACUGCUACGUGCAGGUGGAGUUCGGCGUCUUGGUUUUAUCAAAGCGAAAUUUCAGCCGUCUAUUCUGGACUUCGGGGUGCUAUUAAAAGCACUCUGUCAUUACCGCACAGUUGACCCAUCGAGCGAUACGGACGAACUACUUCCGCACCUCGAGACGCUGGCCAUUCCAUUCGGCAAUGACGCGGCCGCCCAUGCCGACCUAAUCGCCACUCUCAUCGACCUCGUCCAGACCAGACAAGCCAAAGGGAGGCCACUGCGGGAGCUCAUCAUACCCAGAGAGGCUGACCACUGGACUCUAUGGAGCACUCUUCGAUCGGUCAUCACUAUAACGCCCAUCUGUUAUCCCGUGGAAGACUCUCCACUGACUCCUGAUAGUUUCCAUUCCAGUACUACAUGA